UUAGACGCUAAAAUCUCAAUCAUUUUGGAGGGAGUAUAAUCCGAUAAAAACAUGCAAUUUACACAUAACUCGCAACAACUCCGAUACUUUAUCGAUUGAACCGGAAUCACACCUGUAGAUAUAACCGCCAUAGAAAUCUUCCCGUCAAAUAAAAGCUAACCCGACUCGAAAUUCUGUCUCUCUUAUGGACUCCAGAUUUAACCUUGUUGCCAGUGCCAUAGUCGGGAAAUCAUGUCCAAUAUGCCUGUGCCGGUUACAUCAUCGGAGUGCGGCGGUUAUUAUCCCAUGUAUGCACGCGUAUUGCAUCGUGUGCAUCCGCAGAUGGAGCGAUGUAAAGAGAAAAUGCCCUCUCUGUAACGCCGACUUUGAUUCAUGGUUCUCCACAAUCAGCUUCUCGUCUCGGACUUUCAAUAAAGAGAAAUUAUCAGCUCGUAAUGACAAGUUACAGUCAGGGUUUGUUGUCUCCUCUAGGCCGAGAUACCGAUUGCCGGACCAAAGAGUGAUUAGGAGAAGGAGAGAAGAGCUUAAUGCUUCUGGCUGCAGAACGAGGCCGUUCCCGAGGCGGCGAUCCUUUGAUCAGAUUGGCGCUAGAAAUUCAGAUGAUAUUACAAGGAGAAUCAUUCGGUGGCGCGCUAGUAUAUAUGAAGAGAGAUUGCAGGCUGUUCCUUUUUCAUCUAAAAACUGUCUUAUGCAGCACAUGGAUAAUAGGAGUACCAAAGAAAAGAUGUUACAGAGAAUAGAACCUUGGAUAAGAAGGGAGCUGCAGGCUAUACUGGGGGAUCCAGAUCCAUCCAUCAUUGUCCAUGUUGCUACCUCACUUUUUAUCUCCGAAAAUACACAUUCAACACAGCGGUGUGCUGGAGAUGAUUUUCUUGCGCCGUUGCGACCCUUCUUGCAUGAACGUGCAGAAAUGUUUUGGCAUGAACUAAGCAAAGUUACGCAAGUCAUAGGAGUUGGUUCUCUGCCGAGAGAAUUUUUCAAGUUCUGAACUACUGGGCCAACAAUGGCGACUCAGGAAAAGAGUGAAGUGAUUCAACCACCAAUUGUAGACAAGCAAUUAGAAAGUUACUCCUAUACUAAUUGGGCAGGGAAGAUACAAGAACAGUACCAGAAAAUCAAAGAGAAUGCAGAAACUUACCCCUAUGUUUGGGGUUCCUAUACUGUUGUAUACGGGGGAUUUGGCCUCUGGUUUGCAUAUAGAUGGCGAAGGCUCCGCAAAACUGAGAACCGAGUCCGUGUCCUUCAAGAGAGACUUCGCAAACUUGUGCAAGCUGAAGAGUCAGCAACUUCAUCUACAGCAAAAGCACCUGCAUCUUCUGACAAAUCGACCAGAUAGAUUCGUUCCUUUUCUUCAUUGAAGUUGUGUUUUUACGCAUGGAUUGAUAUUCUUUUUGUUGAAAAAUUGAGUUAUCAGUGACUG